UUUGUUAAUAUGUAACAUUAUUUAUAAAAAAACAAGAUGAGGGGUUAGAAUGUACUCCUCAAUUUUACAGAAAUUUCCUUUCUCAACCAUAUAUACUUAAUAGAAACAAAAAAUCCAAUAGAAAAAGAGUUGAGGAAAUUGGUAUACAACAUUGGUCUUAAAUCAUCAUAUCAUUUCUCAUACAUUCCUAUCUCUGAUUUCUCAUCUUCCACACAUGGCUACAGAAGUAAAACAUGGAACUUCUUCGGUUACGGCAUCAACUUGGCUAACCUUGUGCAUCCUCCUCACUAUGAUCAGCAAUGUUUGUUUAGCUGAAAGAGUUUUGAAAGAAAAAGAAUCAAGAAAUCAUGUUGAGAAAGAAACAAAUGGAUUUCUAAAAGCAAUGGUUGAUUUCUUAUGGGAAAGUGGAAAAUCUUCUUAUGAACCUGUUUGGCCUGAAAUGAAAUUUGAUUGGAAAAUCAUAGUUGGAUCAAUUGUUGGAUUUUUGGGGGCAGCUUUGGGAAGUGUUGGAGGUGUAGGAGGUGGUGGAAUUUUUGUUCCAAUGCUUGCUUUGAUCAUUGGCUUUGAUCCUAAGUCUUCUACAGCCAUUUCCAAGUGUAUGAUAAUGGGUGCAGCAUUGUCAACUGUUUACUACAAUAUGAGGCUUAGGCAUCCAACACUAGACAUGCCACUUAUAGAUUAUGAUUUGGCUUUGCUUUUUCAACCUAUGUUGAUGCUUGGAAUAAGUAUUGGAGUUGUAUGUAAUGUCAUGUUUGCUGAUUGGAUGGUCACAGUUUUGCUUAUCAUCUUAUUUAUAGGUACAUCAACAAAAGCAUUAUUCAAAGGCAUAGCUACAUGGAAAAAGGAAACAAUGUUGAAAAAGGAAGCAGCCAAACAGUUGGAAGAAGAACCAAAGACAGGUGAUGACUACAAGCCCCUUCCAAAUGGUCCAACUGAGAUACAAGAUGAAGUGGUCCCUUUUGUAAAGAACAUUUAUUGGAAAGAAUUAUCACUCCUUGUGUAUGUUUGGAUUGCUUUUCUCAUUGUUCAGAUUGUUAAGACAUACACAAAGACUUGCUCCAUUCAGUAUUGGAUUCUUAAUUUCUUGCAGGUUCCUAUUGCUAUCUCUGUUACACUUUUUGAAUCCGUAUGCUUAUACAAAGGAACAAGGGUGAUUGGAUCAAAGGGGAAGGAAAUUACAAAUUGGAAGGUUCAUCAAAUUUGUCUAUAUUGUUUAUGUGGAAUAAUAGCUGGUAUGGUUGGAGGGUUGCUUGGUUUAGGAGGUGGCUUCAUUUUGGGACCACUUUUUCUAGAAUUAGGAAUUCCUCCUCAGGUAGCAAGUGCUACAUCAACAUUUUCCAUGCUUUUUUCAUCCUCCAUGUCAGUAGUACAAUAUUACUAUUUAGAUCGAUUCCCAGUACCUUAUGCUUCAUACUUUGUCUUGAUUGCAACCAUAGCUGCAUUUGCUGGUCAACAUGUUGUGAGAAAGAUAAUUGCAAUCCUUGGUCGUGCAUCAAUUAUUAUCUUCAUACUAGCAUCAACCAUUUUCAUAAGUGCAAUCAGUUUAGGUGGAGUAGGAAUAGAGAACAUGAUUGUGAAGAUGGAAAAUCAUGAGUAUAUGGGGUUUGAAGAUCUUUGCCUUCAAUCGUAGGUGUGGUAUUAUGGGAUGUAUAACUAUUGAGAGAAUAACAUUUUUCAAACUUGUGAUAUGGUCUACCUAAGCUAUUCCAUUUUCAUUCAAGCAAAUUUGGAAAGAUUGUGUUUAAUAUUGUAUUCCUUAAUUUAUUUUGUAUUAUGUAAUGGUUGGCUGCAAUAUAUUCUUUGUCAUCUCAA